CCCUACCAGGGUCUCUGUGGAGCCGCCGACGCGCCGGCUUUGAGCAUCCCUGGCGGGCCAGGGGAGGCCCUGGGGCUGCGGCUCUGGCAGCCGCGGCCCCGCCCGCUUUCACCAUGGCCAGCUCCGAAGAGGACACAUCCAACGAUGGAGACAUGCCCCCUACAGCAGCUGCUGUGGCAGUGGGCGCCCACCUUCUCGGCUUUUCGGAUGAGAUCCUGCUGCACAUCCUGAGCCACGUCCCCAGCACAGACCUGGUUCUGAAUGUCCGGCGCACCUGCCGGAAGCUUGCGGUGCUAUGCCUGGACAAGAGCCUCACCCACACUGUGCUGCUGCAGAAGGACUAUGAGGCAAGUGAGGACAAGGUGAAGCAACUGGUGAAGGAGAUCGGCCGGGAGAUUCAGCAGCUCAACAUGGCCGGCUGCUACUGGCUGUCAGGUGCCACCAUUGAGCACGUGGCCCGUUGCCGCAGCCUGGUGAAGGUGAACCUCUCUGGCUGCCACCUGACCUCCCUGCGCCUCUCCAAGAUGCUCUCAGCCUUGCAGCACCUGCGCUCUUUGGCCAUCGACGUGAGCCCCGGCUUCGAUGCCGGCCAGCUGAGUGGUGAGUGCAAGGCCACACUGAGCCGCGUGCGGGAGCUGAAGCAGACGCUGUACACACCCUCCUAUGGUGUCGUGCCCUGCUGCACCAGCCUUGAGAAGCUGCUGCUCUACUUCGAGAUUCUCGACCGCACACGUGAGGGCGCCAUCCUCUCAGGCCAGCUGAUGGUUGGCCAGAGCAAUGUGCCCCACUACCAGAACCUGCGGGUCUUCUACGCGCGCCUGGCCCCUGGCUACAUCAAUCAGGAGGUGGUGAGGCUCUACCUGGCUGUGCUCAGUGACCGCACGCCCGAGAAUCUGCACGCCUUCCUCAUCUCUGUGCCUGGCAGCUUCGCUGAGAGCGGGGCCACCAAGAACCUCCUGGAUUCCAUGGCCCGCAACGUGGCCCUGGACGCCCUGCAGCUGCCCAAGUCCUGGCUCAAUGGCUCAUCUCUGCUCCAGCACAUGAAGUUCAACAACCCCUUUUAUUUCAGCUUCAGCCGCUGCACCCUGUCCGGUGGCCACCUGAUCCAGCGGGUCAUUGAUGGAGCCAAGGAGCUCCGCAGCCUGGCGAGCCUGAACCUCAGUGGAUGCGUCCACUGCUUGUCCCCGGACUCCCUGCUCCGCAAGGCGGAGGACGAUAUUGAUAGCGGCAUCCUGGAGACCCUGGUGGCGUCCUGUCGCAACUUGCGGCACCUCAACCUCUCGGCUGCCCAUCACCACAGCUCCGAGGGCCCAGGCCGCCACCUCUGCCAGCUGCUGGCUCGGCUGCGCCACCUGCGCUCCUUAUCCCUGCCCGUCUGCUCUGUCGCCGACUCAGCACCACGGUCCGACCGUGUGCCUGCCAUGCAUGCUGUGCCCCGUGGCUUUGGCAAGAAGGUGCGCAUUGGCGUGCAGUCCUGCCCCAACCCCUUCUCGGGGCAGGCAGGCCCUCAGCCUUCCUCCGUGUUCUGGUCUCUGCUGAAGAACGUGCCCUUUCUGGAGCGCCUUGAGCUGAUCGGGUCCAACUUCUCCUCUGCCAUGCCGCGCAACGAACCUGCUAUCCGCAACUCCCUCCCACCCUGCAGCCGGGCACAGAACGUUGGAGACUCGGAAGUGGCUGCCAUUGGCCAGCUGGCAUUCCUGAGGCACCUGACGCUGGCCCAGCUGCCCAGCAUCCUGACAGGCUCUGGGCUGGUCAGCAUCGGCCUGCAGUGCCAGCAGCUGCAGUCUCUCUCACUGGCCAACCUGGGCAUGAUGGGGAAGGUGGUCUACAUGUCUGCGCUCUCGGACAUGCUGAAGCACUGCAAGCGGCUGAAGGACCUCAGGCUGGAACAGCCCUAUUUCAGCGCCAACGCCCAGUUCUUCCAGGCGCUCAGCCAGUGCUCCGCGCUGCAGCGCCUCUGCCUGGUCUCCCGCAGCGGCACGCUCCAGCCUGAGGCUGUGCUGGCUUUCAUGGCCCGCUGCCUGCACGUUGUUGUGUGCCACAUGUUCACCGGGGAGUCCCUGGCCACCUGCAAGAGCCUGCAGCAGUCCCUGCUCCGAAGUUUCCAGGCCGAGCGGCCCGCGCUGAACGUUGUCAUCUUCCCUCUGCUCCACGAGGGCCUGACCAAUGUCAUCCGGGACGUCCCCAUGGUGCACCUGGAUGAGAUCACCUUAUUUAAAAGCAGAGUGGCUGAGGAGCCACCGAACCUGUGGUGGUGACGGGGACAGCUAGCCCUGGGCGAAGCUGUUUCCAGCAGCCAAGCCUCCUGCCUGCCACUUUCACCUCUGUUUGUCUCCUGGGCUUGGAAGCGGGACUGCCCUGACUGGUGGGCGGCCUCACUACUGCCACUCACCGCCUGCCCCUGCUGGACACCAGGGCCCGUCAGGUCACAAGAGGAAGGACUUCCCCUCUGCCCGGACAUUCUGUGUCCCCAUUGUCCCCCAGAGCCUCCUGAUGUGUCCUCUCAGUCUCUUGGCACUCAGUGAAAUGUGGAGCUCAUCUAUGAGGAAGAUGAGAAGGAAGAGCUGGUUGUCUGGGUGACCUGCGGGGCCUGCUGUGGGUGUUCCUGAACUGAGACUCACAUCCGUCAUGGAGCGCUGACUCCCAAGGGGCCCUGACCAGGUACUCAAGGCACCACAGGGCCCUGGUGCUGCCACUCAACUCUCCAGGGUAUCUCUGCUCAUGUGUCCGUGGCCUCCUGCUUUCAGGCUCUGUGGAGGAGUGGUCUCGGACCCAGGGCUGGGGGUGAUGGUGUGUGUGUGGAUGGACGCACUCACACUGGGACAUGAUGGCACGGCUGGUGACUGUGUGCCCAGUGCCCCCCUCCUCAGGCCAGCUGGGAGCACGAUGCAGUGAGGAGCUCCAGAUUUAGGGUUGUCCUUCCCAGCAAGACAUGUUUUAACCCAAUUAUGUCUCCAGUAUGUUACCAGCCAGAUGGUGUCAGACCAGUUCAGGGCCCCUGGCUGGGCAGGGACCGGACCCCCCCUAGAGCUUGGAUUGCAAGAUGAGGCCCAAGGUGUAGGGCCUGCCCUACAGCCAGCAUGGCACUCAGCUUUAGAACCUUUACUCCGUGAAGAUCUGUGUUUCUGGGGAAAUACAAACCUGGCUUCAUUCAAGAAACUUGAAAUAUUAAAACUUAGAAAGGACAUUUAAGGACAGAGUAGUGAUCAGACUAUCCCGUUUCAUAUAGCUUUAUUCAGCACUUUAAAAAAUUCAGUGCAGCUAUUCCAAAAAUGGGGAGUGACCUCCCAGUGUCCAGGGCCUCCCUGUGCUGAGCCCACUGCCUUCUCGACUGCAAAACUCUUCCCCAGAGCCCAUUAGCCCCUUGGCUGAUGGCCUCCGAGGGGCUGUGAUCAGGUUCCCUCCACUGCAAGUCCAGCCUUCACCCUCUCGGUGAUGCUCCUGGAGACUUGCAGAUGAUGCUGGACACUGUUGGGCAGCUUCCAGCCAGGGGCAUGUCAGUCCUGGAGAGGCUGCCUCCCCAGGACUCCUGGCCUCCCUUCCCCUUUAGGUUGGGGGUGCAGAGUCCACCAGGUCCUGCUCAUGCUGCUGUCCAUCUUGGCCACUAUCGGCUGUGGGGCCCCUGGACUGGCCAUCUUCCCACUUUGUGUCUGUGGUGACCCCUCCCCAUUCUGUGUAGUGUGCCCUGUAGCUUCCCUACUAAAAGACCAGGUUGUGGCCCCUGGGCUUUUCAUUUCCUUUCCUUCCGUGGGUUUUUUUUUGGGGGGGCACACAAUUCAGUAACCCCCAGUCCCAUGGAGUGGAGGGGAUCUAGGAGGCCAGACAGCCACUGCAGGCAUCAGUCCCCCCAGGGUCAGGCCCUAGGAGGAACCAUCUGUCUGGUGGGCUCUGCUCUCUCCUCCCUGCCCCUGUCUAAGAACACAGGGGUCACUUCCCUCCUUGCUUGCCCUGGGCUGUGGCUGGCAGUUCUUUGCAGCCUCUCUGCAGGCCACCCGCACACAAAUUCCUCCAGCCUUCACCUUCGAUGUCCCGAUGUGGUCUGAGCCAUGCCUGGCCUUACAGGGCAAGGGACAGGCUGCCCUGGGGCAUGGGAGAUAGGGCUGAGGUUCCUGGAGGGCCUCAUGGCUGUAGACGAGGGUCUGAGAGUUGGUGGGUGCACCUCCCCUCCCCAGUUUUGGGGUAUUUCUUUCAGGUGGUGUCCAGAGACCUACAGGCAAGGAUGGUUAGGAAGGGUGGUAGGGGACUGACCACUCCUUAUCCUCGAAAUAAGGGUGUGGCUGGUCACAGCCUGACUGGCAGGGCAGUGUCAUCCCGGGGGCAGGGGGAGGUGGCCCAGGGACUGGGGUGGUUCUGGGUGCCCUUCUCUUCUCCAGAGCAGCUCCGGAGGCUCAAGCUGGAGAGUGAGCUUUCCACUAGGAGGUUGAAGGCUGCGAUUGUGUAAUGUUCACGUACUCUCCCGGAUGGUCUGUUCUCAAGAGCAAGCAGUUUUAACCAGCAGCAUCACUUGUGCCAACAAAUAGGGCCGGGAGGGGCUGUUCACCUGAGGCUGGGGAGCGUGAGCUGCUGUGGAAAGCCGCCCCCAAACAAUAGACCUUGUAGUUUUAGUGUCUCUGUAACCAUCCUUCUGCUAGAGCAGGAACUUCCAUGUCUUCUACACCCGAGACAGGACUCACCAGAUGUUAAUAAUGUGCUUAUUCUUGCUAAGUGCUGUUUUGGCAGCGGUGUUAAUUGCAAUUUAUAUUCUGCAGCAUUUUAUGCUGGGAAAAGAACCCACCCUAAUGGUCCCCAAUUGGCAGAACUGGCUGUUAAGUGUGGACCAUAUGCUGCCUGCUGGGCGGGGCCUGGUCAGCACUGGUGGCUGUGCGUGUGUAUGCGUGCAUGUACAUCUGCAUGCACACACAUGAGUGUGGCCUGCUGGGUACAUGUGCAUGGUGUGCACGCGUGUGCGUUUCUGCAUGUGAUCAAGUGUGUGCUUGCGCAUGUGUGUGUGCGUGCGUGUGUGUGUGUGUGAGAGAGAGAGAAAGAGAGAGAGAGGGAAGAAAGACAGUGGGAGGUGGUGGUGGGAUGGAGAAGAGAUCAGGGCAUUUAUCUGUUUGUUAAAAUAAAAGCCCCUGCCCUCCCAAGGCCUCUCCUCCCACCUGUGCCCACCUACCCCUAGCACCCUGUGGGUUGCUCCUCCCCCUCUGCUUGCCCCCUCCUCCUCUCCCUCCUCCUCCUCAUGUGCCUGAUCCUGGGGCUCUGACUUGGAUGCCAUACCAUCCCACAACCUGGCCGGAGGGUCUGAAGGUGCUCUCGAGGGGAGGCACUUGGAGCCUGAGGAGAGCAGAGGCCUGCAGCCUCCCUUCCCUGCCAGUGGCAUUUCAUUCUCAUGUGCAAGUAUUUUUACUUCCCAGCCCAAGGAGGCUGGACUAGGGACACUUGACUCUGUCAUAUGCUCCAGGGGUUGGGUCUUAUCCCUGCCUGUCAGCUGUCCUUGAGGAACCAAGAAUUCAUGGAUCUGGGCCCCUGUGUCCACCAGGCUGCUCGGGCCCUGGGAUGACCCCCACACACACCUCGGACAGCUCUGUGAGGCUGGGUGUUGAGGACAAUGCCCCCUUAACCGCCCCUGCACCGAGACCCACGGCUGUAGGCCACUUGGCCGAGAGGAUGAAGCUUGGUGGAGGUCUGGCCGGGAAGGCUGGGCCAGGGGUGCAGGGCCGCAGGAGCUGCAGGACCCGGAUGUCUAGUGGCCCUCAUGGGUCUGAAACCAACACAGUGCCAUCCUGAUCGUGCCAGCUGCCUUCCCUGAGUCUGUCAAGAAGGCACUGAUCCCAUGGCCUCCCCCUACCUUGCAGGAAGGGAACCCUCCCGUGGAUCCACUGUCACAACGUCCUCCUAGGGACACUGGGGGUGCAGUGGGCAGCCUCCUGCUCCCACCGGCCUUUAUGAUCUGCUCCUCGGGGGUUUGAGAAGUGCUGAAGCCUUGUAAGGAAAAAUAAGAAAUGAGAAAUUAGUGGAUGAGGAUAAUGCGGUGUGGGCUGUGGUGGCAGAUUUCAUUGGUUUCAGCCCGCAAACCUGAGGUGCUGGAGGCGUGGAAGGGGACAUGGGUGCCCACACUGCCUGUGGCCUUGGCCCUGAGCCUCCUCUGCCUCUUUGACAGGAGGGGGCAGGAUUGUGCAGCAGGGGCUCUGGUGCUCUCACAGUGCCAACCGGCCUCAUUCACAUUGGGGGUACGAGAUUCUCAAUGGGAGUCUCUGAGGUCGCCGACACAGGCUGGAUGGUGUUGCCUGAAUGUCUAAAUUACUUUCUAGAGCUCUUUCAGAAACCAUGGGGUGGGUGGGCGUUGCAUUCGUGUCUCGGGGUUCAGGCACCCCAUGCGCCCUGCUCUGGGCCAGCCGGCCGGGGAAUGGAGGGGUGUGGUGUGAGGUCAGGGAGUCAUGGCCACCACCUGGGAGGCUCAGUCUGUGGCCGAAGCUACUGCUCGGCUAAACCUGAGAGGGGCUGGUUUUCCCUGACAUCCUAAUGGUGUGGGCCGGAGGCUCUGCUGUGCUCACCGGAGUGGGAGAGUGGGCUGGGGGGCAAGGGGGUGAGAGAGGCGGCCACGUGACCGUGCUGCAGGUGGGGUGUCCCACCCUAGGACCGGCCCCGCUGCCACCACUGCCUGUCCGUGUGACUGACCGGAAGCAGUUGAGCUCAGCAUGUUUUUAAAGGGGGUGGGGGGUGAGUCGGUGGGGGGCUCACGGUAUGUGGUGACCAGGUGCUAAGUGACCAAAUAUGUGUCACCUGCCUUUCCACACAGAUCUCCUUUUCCGACUAGCGAUGCCGACUCCUGAAUUUUGUGUUCAAAUGACAUUUUGAAUGGGUAUUUUCAUGUAAACUCGUGGCAUGUGGAAAGUUUCAAAUAAAGUGGACUUGAUUUAGAAAACCA